AUGAUAACCACAAUUGUGUCCAUAAUUGUCUUAAGCACAAUAGGCAUCGCCAGUGCUAUGCCUACUGUUGUCGACACCAACAGUACUGCCGAAGCUUUCAAUGUGUUGGCAUUUUGGGCGACUACUGGUGACGAAGCGCACACCAGUUUCUACAAUGAAGCCAAUCGAUGGUUUCCACAACAGGCCAGCGCUCACGGCUUCACAUACAGAAGCACAAGCAACUGGGAUGAGCUGACUGCUGAAAAUCUAAAAAAAUAUCAGGUUUUAUUGUUUCUCGAUGACGUUCCCUACUCUGACAGUCAGCACCGGGUGCUACAACAUUAUCUGGAAUCAGGAGCAGGCGGUCUAAUUGCAUUUCAUGCGUCCAUGUAUAACGAUGCCGAUCCGGGAUACACAUUUCAAUGGUUUUACAAUACACUGUUUGGCGCCGGGAGAUAUGUAUCAAAUACGUGGUGGCCAACCAAAGCUAAACUACAUGUGGAUAGUCCUAAUCAUCCGGCAAUGAAAGGACUGCCGCAAAAGUUUGACGCCUGUGUUAACGAGUGGUACCGGUGGCAGCACGACCUGCGCCAGAAUAAGGACAUUGAAAUACUGGCCUCAAUUGAUCCGUCGAGUUUUCCGUUGGGUACCGACCCGUCCCAGACCUGGCACAGUGGCUAUUAUCCGGUUAUUUGGGCCAACAAACAUCAUCGGGCUAUCUAUAUGAAUGUGGGACACAAUCUCAUGGAUUACGGUAAACAUCAAACAAAGUCGUCGACGUUUGCCAGCGAAGAGCAAAACAAGUUUCUAUUUCAGGCCAUGCAUUGGGCGGCCGGUAGGGCUGUCCUCUAA